GUCUGACUUGUUGGAUAUAUCUAACGAAGCUCGUAGACUUCUAGCUAUUGGAAACUACUACGAAGCUUCCAACAAGUACUCAGACGCGUUAGAAAUUGUACGCGAGAAAUAUGGUGAGAUGUCCGUAGAAUCAGCCGGUUUGCUUCUCAAAUAUGGUGAAAGUCUAUACCUUCACGCAGUAUCACAAUCACAUGUAAUUGGUAAAUCAGGUGACGAUGCACAAGAAGAAGCACCAGCGAGUGCAGAACCUAGUGGGUCAAACACCCAACAAUCUGGUUUGAUCCAGUUAUCUGACGACGAAGACGAUAAUGAUGAGGAAGCUCCAAACGAUGAACAAGAAGGUCAGGACGACGAUGAUGACUUCGGUGCGGCUUGGGAAGUCGCAGAUUUGGCUAAAGUUAUAUACCAAAAGUUAGAAGGUGAUGAUAACAAGCUUUCUUUGGCUGAUUCGCACAUGUUGUUGGGUGAUAUUGCACUCGAAUUAGAGACAUUUGAUGAAGCUGCUGCAGAAUACAAGAAUUCACUCGAUAUCAAACAAUCAAUCCUUAAUGAGCAUUCGAGAGUACUCGCUGAGGCUCAUUUCAAGCUCGCUAUCAGCUAUGAGCUCGUACCAGGACACAAAAAACGUGAAGAUGCAUUAGUUCACGUCAAGCAAGCCAAAGACGUCCUUCAAGGUCGCCUUGACGAUCUCAAAAAGCGCGUUGAAAGUGGUGCACCAGUUGAAGAAGCAAAAGAAGGUGACACACCAGCAAUAAGAGAGCGUGUCGAGAGAUUGGCAGUCGAUGACGCAAACAAACACAUUCAGGACAUUUCUGAACUUAUUCAAGACCUAACAUUGAAGAUCGAUGAACUAGAACAACCACCUCCACCUUCAUCUGAAGACCCUUCAAAAUCUACCGUAGACGCUAUCGUCGCUGAAAUGGAUAAAGCAAGACAGACAAUUUCUAGUGACGCACCAGUUAACGUUCUCCAACCAAAGAAGAAGCAAGAGAAGAGAAAAGCAGAGGAUGACACCGACGGCGAUGCUGACAAGAAAGCAAAAAUGGUAACAGAAGAACCAAAAGAGUCGGAAAACAAGGCUAACUAGUUUAUUUGCAAAAUGCUAUUUAUUUGUGAUUAAAG